AUGGCUUUAUGGAAUAGAAUUAAUCAGUCGAAGAUCAAAUUUCUAUCGAUUCAGUUCAAGAGAUACUACGUUCAAAUCCCAUAUGAUUCUUCACUUAAUUACGCUGCUGCUAGCUCAAGAGCACGUGUUUUAGAGAACCCAGUUCGGGGUUUUGUUAAAAAACCCUUUGAUUUUUGCAACAAUGUCAGGUUUUUUGCUGCCCCAGUUCAGGCUAACGGGAAGAAGAAAGAGAAGGUUGGUGGACCGAAAUUAAAUGAGAAAAUUACUGCGCAGGUUGUUAGGCUUGUGACUGAUGAAGGGCAUAGUGUUGUCUCAUUGCGUGAAGCACUAGAACAAGCGAAAAGACUUGAUCUUGAUUUAGUUGAGGUUGAUAUCAAUGCCAAUCCACCUGUCUGUAAACUCAUGAACUUUAACAGAGAGAAGUACAAAAAAGAACAGAAGGAAAAAGGACGUGCUAAAAGCAAGUCAGGGGAGACGCUGCGCAAAGGAGAUUACAAGGAAGUUCGAUUUUCUGUAAAAACUGAACAAAAAGACUUAGAAAUGAAAGCUGAUGCGGUCAAAAAACUGAUGGAUCGUGGUUAUAGGGUGAAGUGUAUGGCAAUGGGUAAUACAAAAAGGCAAUCAAAGUCUAAAGGUCCUAGCAAUGAAGAUCCAGAAACAGAAGAGUUUGAGAGAGCGAAAGCAGAUAAGGAGAUGCUAGCGCUGUUGUCUCGCCUCACUACUCUGAUUGAAGAUGUGUCUAUCGUGGAUAGUGGACCAAAGGCGGGAAGAAAGAUGGCAUAUGUGAUAGUUAGGCAUGUCAAGUUUGGCACAGCAAAGAAAGGUGGUGCUAAAAUGGAAAAGUUAGCCGCUGCAGAGCCGACUGCCAAACAAUCUGCUCCUACCAAGAGCCCUGCAAUGUUUAAAAAAGAACCUGCAGAAUUUGACAUGGAAGCUGAAGAUGAUUCAAGACCAGCACAUGAUGCUGGGGAUGCAGGACUUCCUUCAUCCCUACCAGAAAAUAGGUAUAGAAAAAUUGAACCGAGGAAUCAGUUCCCACAAACAUCAAUGGGCACAGGUAAGCGGGACACAUUAAGGUCUGAAUCACAUUUUGUGAACCAAAGAAGGCAACCACAACCACAGAUGAAUGCCACUCAUUCAAUGGGAGAAAGGAAGCAGGUUAGGCCUGAUCCUGCUGCUUUGAGAAACUUGAAGCCUCCUCAUGAAACACGCAAGCAAGAUGCUUCUUGUCCUGAGACAACGAAACCUGCAUCUAGCUAUGGAAUAUUUAGCUCUGCAAAAGCAGGCCUUCCUGGGAAUCAAGGCUCCGUAGCAGAUUCAAAUAAGAACAGUCAAGGAAAUUCUAGCACGGGAGGGCAUGGAGCAAAUCCUAACCUCCCAAGUUCAAAAUCAGAUGGUGCCGUUGAUCAGGAUGGACAAAAGCGAUUUGGGAUAUUCAGUCGAGGCAUCCCAAAAUGA